AUGAAAUUAUUCGCUCUAUUCGGAUUGUUAGCUGGUUUUGUUACAGCUGGUACAUACAAGGAUACCCCUGGAUCGAGAGACGUCGACGUUACGACAAAAUUACGCACACACUCAAUAUCUGCACCAUACGUUGACCAGGAGCUCAACAACCGUUGGUGGGAUUUCGGUGGUUCUACCAUAAUAGACGCUAAUAACCACAUACGGUUAACACAAGAUAAACAAUCUGAGAGAGGUUGGUUAUGGUCACGUCUUCCUCUUACCGUCUCAAGCUAUCAAAUCGAGUUCGAGUUUAAAGUUGGCGGCAAGAAUAAUCACUUGUAUGGUGACGGAUUCGCAAUGUGGCUUACUCAGGGAAGGAAUAAAGAAGGUGAAGUUUUUGGCAGCGUCAAUAACUUCAAGGGUCUCGGUGUUUUCUUCGACACUUACGCUAAUAGCCGUCAUUCAUACCCCUUCCCUAGAAUAUCAGCCAUGUUAGGUGAUGGUGAGACCCUCUACGAUAACAACAAAGAUGGCGACGAGCAAAGCCUUGACGGUUGCUCUAUCAAGUUCCGUAGAACGGAAAUUACACCAAAAGCAAGAUUUAGCUACCUCAAAGGUAAUUAUAUCAAGUUAGAGUUACAAACAAAGAAAUGGGGUGAAUGGGAAGAAUGUUUCACUGUUGAGGAUAUUGAAUUACCUCUCCAUCCAUACCUUGGUUUCAGUUCAAUCACAGGUGAAAUUUCUGACAAUCAUGACAUUAUAUCGGUGAAUACAAACGAAUUAACCAAGAGAGGUACAAACCCACGUGCUCAAGCUAAAAUGAAUAAUACCAAGAAAGCUAAAUCGAAAUCUUUCUUCAGAAAAUUGGUGAACUUUGUCACUUACACAAUCAUACUGGCUUUGCUUGGUGUAGUUGCAAAGAUAUUCCACACUGCAUAUAAACGAAGACAAGCAAAGAGGUUUUAG